UUUGUUUUGACAUUUCGGGGGUUUGAAACGUCAACACAAAAUAACAACAAAUUGUAAUUUUUAUCAAGUUUUUCGUAAUUAUUAUGGUUUAAAAAAAUGAUGGGCGACCAAUUUCGUAAAGUCGAACAAUAUUCGCCGAAAUCGUCACCGAGGGGGGCGCGUUCACCGGUCGUUUCGCGCCAAGAUUCCUCCGGAACCCUAAAAACGACGAUUCUUUUAGGGAAAAACCCUUCAAUUGUCCCCAGUGGACCCUUUUAUCUACUCAAAGAACCCCCAGGCGAAUCUGAAAUAACUGGAGCUACAAAUUUGAUGGCCUACUAUGGCCUAGAACAUUCCUAUAGUAAGUUUAGUGGUAAAAAGUUAAAGGAGCAGUUGUCAUCCUUUUUGCCCACAUUGCCUGGAGUAAUUGAUGCUCCAGGCCAGAGCGACAAUAGCUCCCUAAGGAGUGUCAUUGAAAAACCUCCUGUAGGGGGCAAAGACCUUUUGCCUCUUACUAGUUCCCAACUAGAAGGCUUCAGACUACACCCAGGACCAUUACCAGAACAAUACAGAUACACCAAUGCAACUCCUAUUAAAAAGCAUAAAAAUAAGCACAAAAAGCAUAAGCAUAAAGAAGCAGGUGGAGGUUUGCCUUCAACAGAAGCAGCUAUUGCUGAAGCAGGUGGAGACACCCACGAAAAGAAGCACAAGAAACAAAAAAGGCAUGAGGAUGACAAGGAAAGAAAGAAGCGAAAAAAGGAGAAAAAGAGGAAAAAGCAGAAGCACAGCCCUGAGCAUAGUACUGGGGCAGGAGGGCUGACACCCAGCCAACAUUCGAGUUAAAAUUUUCUAUGUAUUUAAAUUAAAUAAAAAGUAUAUAAAUAUGCAAUAUUCCACAUCAUGUGGCGCCAUCUAUGAAUUAUUUAUUGCGAAAUCUCUACAAAUCUUUUAAUUGUACAAUUUUCAAUACGUAAAC